AUGGGGAGGCCAGGUGGUACUUUGUCAGGUUGUGUCCAUGUUUUCCAGAGCCUGGCCCAGCUAGAGAACCUGUGCAAGCAGCUGUAUGAGACCACGGACACGGCGACGCGGCUGCAGGCGGAGAAAGCCCUGGUGGAGUUCACCAACAGCCCCGACUGCCUGAGCAAGUGCCAGCUGCUCCUCGAGAGAGGGAGUUCCUCCUACUCCCAGUUACUGGCAGCCACCUGCCUUACCAAACUGGUGUCACGCACAAACAACCCCCUGCCGCUGGAGCAGCGAAUAGAUAUCCGGAAUUAUGUGCUCAACUACCUGGCCACGAGGCCGAAGCUGGCGACGUUCGUGACGCAGGCGCUGAUCCAGCUCUACGCCCGCAUCACCAAGCUGGGCUGGUUCGACUGCCAGAAGGACGAGUACGUCUUCAGGAACGUCAUCACCGACGUCACCCGCUUCCUCCAGGACAGUGUCGAGCACUGCAUCAUAGGAGUGACAAUCCUGUCCCAACUAACGAAUGAGAUUAAUCAAGCGGACACAACCCACCCUCUGACCAAGCACAGGAAAAUUGCCUCUUCCUUCCGGGAUUCCUCUUUAUUUGAUAUUUUCAACCUGUCCUGCAGUUUACUGAAACAGGCUUCUGGGAAGAACCUGAACCUGAAUGAUGAAAGCCAGCACGGGCUGCUCAUGCAGCUCCUCAAGCUCACCCACAACUGCCUGAACUUCGACUUCAUCGGCACCUCCACGGACGAGUCCUCGGAUGAUCUUUGCACUGUGCAGAUCCCAACCAGUUGGAGAUCAGCAUUCUUGGAUUCUUCGACCCUUCAGUUGUUUUUUGAUCUUUAUCAUUCCAUCCCUCCUUCGUUCUCUCCUCUGGUUUUGUCCUGCUUGGUGCAGAUCGCCUCCGUUCGCAGAUCCCUCUUCAACAACGCCGAGCGGGCAAAGUUCUUAUCUCAUCUCGUUGAUGGAGUCAAACGGAUACUGGAAAACCCCCAGAGCUUGUCAGACCCCAACAACUACCACGAGUUCUGCCGAUUGCUGGCGCGGUUGAAAAGCAAUUACCAGCUGGGCGAGCUGGUGAAGGUGGAGAACUACCCCGAGGUCAUCCGGCUCAUUGCCAACUUCACUGUCACCAGCCUGCAGCACUGGGAGUUUGCUCCCAACAGUGUUCACUACCUACUGAGCCUGUGGCAGCGCCUGGCAGCGUCCGUGCCCUACGUGAAGGCCACCGAGCCCCACAUGCUGGAGACCUACACCCCCGAGGUCACCAAAGCCUACAUCACAUCCCGCCUGGAAUCCGUGCACAUCAUCCUCAGGGACGGGCUGGAGGAUCCCCUGGACGACACGGGGCUGGUGCAGCAGCAGCUGGACCAGCUCUCCACCAUCGGGCGCUGCGAGUACGAGAAGACGUGUGCUCUGCUCGUGCAGCUCUUCGACCAGUCAGCCCAGUCCUACCAGGAGCUGCUCCAGAGUGCCACUGCCAGCCCCAUGGACGUGGCUGUGCAGGAAGGGCGCCUGACGUGGCUCGUCUACAUCAUCGGGGCGGUCAUUGGCGGGCGCGUGUCGUUCGCCAGCACGGACGAGCAGGAUGCCAUGGAUGGAGAGUUGGUCUGUCGGGUGCUGCAGCUGAUGAACCUGACGGAUUCCCGCCUGGCCCAGGCUGGGAAUGAGAAGCUGGAGUUGGCCAUGCUGAGCUUCUUCGAGCAGUUCCGGAAGAUCUAUAUCGGAGAUCAGGUGCAGAAGUCUUCCAAGCUGUACCGGCGGCUCUCCGAGGUGCUGGGGCUCAACGACGAGACGAUGGUGCUGAGCGUGUUCAUCGGGAAAAUCAUCACCAACCUGAAGUACUGGGGUCGGUGUGAGCCCAUCACCUCCAAGACACUGCAGCUGCUCAACGACCUCUCCAUUGGGUACAGCAGCGUGAGGAAGCUGGUGAAGCUGAGCGCUGUGCAGUUCAUGCUGAACAAUCACACGAGUGAGCACUUUUCCUUCCUGGGCAUUAACAAUCAGUCCAACCUGACGGACAUGAGGUGUCGGACGACGUUCUACACUGCACUGGGGCGUCUGCUCAUGGUGGAUUUAGGGGAAGAUGAGGAUCAGUAUGAGCAGUUCAUGCUUCCCCUCACUGCUGCCUUUGAGACUGUGGCCCAGAUGUUCAGCACAAACACCUUCAACGAACAAGAGGCAAAAAGAACUUUGGUGGGUUUGGUGAGAGAUCUGAGGGGAAUUGCCUUUGCCUUCAACGCCAAGACCAGCUUCAUGAUGCUGUUUGAGUGGAUUUACCCCUCCUACAUGCCAAUCCUGCAGAGAGCCAUCGAGCUCUGGUACCAUGACCCAGCCUGCACCACCCCUGUCCUCAAACUCAUGGCCGAGCUGGUCCACAACAGAUCCCAACGGCUGCAGUUUGAUGUGUCCUCUCCCAAUGGAAUCCUGCUCUUCCGAGAGACCAGUAAAAUGAUCACGACCUACGGUGAGUGCCCCCGGGAUUAUCCCAAGCUCAGCCAGUCCUACUAUUCCUUGCUGGAAGUUCUUACCCAGGACCACAUGAACUUUAUAGCCAGUCUGGAGCCUCAUGUAAUCAUGUACAUUCUCUCUUCCAUUUCAGAAGGUCUCACUGCACUAGACACCAUGGUUUGCACGGGCUGCUGCUCCUGCCUGGACCACAUUGUCACUUAUCUCUUCAAGCAACUGUCCCGCAGCACCAAGAAGAGAACGACCCCCCUGACCCAGGAGAGCGACCGCUUCCUGCACAUCAUGCAGCAGCACCCUGAGAUGAUCCAGCAGAUGCUCUCGACAGUGCUGAACAUCAUCAUCUUCGAGGACUGCAGGAACCAGUGGUCCAUGUCCAGGCCCCUGCUCGGCCUCAUCCUGCUCAACGAGAAGUAUUUCUCUGACCUGAGGAACAGCAUAGUGAACAGCCAGCCCCCGGAGAAGCAGCAGGCCAUGCACCUCUGCUUCGAGAACCUCAUGGAGGGCAUCGAACGCAACCUGCUGACCAAGAACAGGGACAGGUCACAGCUGGCCCUGCGCACGAUCUGCCUGGGGGAGUCGGCCCGGGAUGAAUUCCACGUGGUGGAGGUGGUGGCAGAGGAGGGGGACGCCCGGCCCCCGGUGCCCCUCGCCACGCUGAAGCCGUCGGUGCUGCCCAUGGCCACGCUGGCCGGAGUGGAGCUGACCCCCCCUGUCACCUUCCGCCUGAGAGCCGGCUCGGGGCCCGUCUACAUCAGCGGGCAGCACAUCUCCAUGAUCACCUCAGAUGAGGAGGAAGAAGAAGAGGAGGAGGAGGAGGAGGAAGAAGAGGAGUCCCCUCAGAAGCCCCCCAAGGGCCAAACCGCCCGGAAAGGCGGCGCUGCCAAGAAGAGAAAGCUGGAGAAGGAGGAUGAGCCCAGGAACAACACCGUCCCCGAGGAUCCCCUUCCCGGCAAGGGCCGCGGAGCCGGGAGGGGCAGGAAAGCAGCGCCGAAGAAAUGA